AGGAAGCAGAAGGAAACCCUCAUAUUGCUUCAUUUUUCUCUGCCUCCGCUUGUGAAGGACGAUGAAGUAAGAGGCGGGGUUUUUUUUUGUUUUUUUUUUCCAGUUUACUGGGAGAAAAACUGCUUCAAGGAGCCACAAACUGCACCUGGAGAAUAAUGAUUCUCCUCAAAGUCAGACAGGGAUUAUGAGCAGCUCAUUUUUUUUGUACCUGCAACACAAGGACCAGAAGGAGACUUCAUGGGGAGAAUGUGAGCUCAGCUUCAGGCUCGCCUAUAUUUUCUCUUACAACCUGUUCCAGUUCUGUGGACACACGUGGAUACUGGCCAACAGCAUAGCCAGGUUCCUCACAUUUGGUCGAGAUGCCUUAGCGGACACAUUUUACUCCGUCGGCUUUGUGAUGAGUCUGUGCCAGCUGCUCUCCAUCUUGGAGCUCUUCCACAUCGCAGACAGGAUUGAGAAAGCCAGACUCCUUCCUCGCUUCAUCCAAGUUCUGGAGAAGAACCUGCUGCUGAUCAUGAUCAUCAUGCUGGAGGAGAUCCAGAGUAAACCAGUCGUGUGUGCUCAGUUCUUCUUGUGGAACGUAAUGGACCUCCUACGGUACCCGCAUGAGCUGCUGUGUCUCUUGGACAAACCAUCCGUCGCCAUGCUGUGGACUCGCUACACACUCUGGAUCCCGGUAUACAUCCUGUCAGCGGCCACUGAAGGCGUCACUAUAUACCAGGCCCUGCCUUACGCUGAGCCAACGGCAGCGAACUCCAAACCGCUGAAUUCAACAGUGUCGGCACAUGUUCACCUGCCCGUCCUCUUGAUGCUCUACCUGCCUUUUCUUGCUCUGGGGGCCUCUGUGACAGUGUGGCAACUGCUGAAGGAGAGACAACACCACCUGGAGAAAUGGAAGAAGAUGAAAAGGAAAUAAUACCUCAGGUCACCUCUGGAUGGUUUAAAGGGACAGUUCGAACUAAAAUGAAAAAAAAAAAUAUUUUCCCUCUUAAUCCACCUAGAUUGUUUUGGUGUGAGCUGAGAGUUUUGGAGAUAUCAGCUGUAGAGAGGUCUGUCCUCUCUCCAAUAUAGUGGAACCAAACCUGGUUACAUUUUUUUGUAUCACUGCACAUAAGGAAGCUUACUCAUGGACAAGAGGCUCGCUAACUAGGCAAGCUAAAGUUACAGCUAAGCUGAGGUGGACACCAUUUAAUGUAUACAUCUAGUGCUGUCACAAGCAGGAGUCGGCCAUGAGUACAUACACACACCAUCUCAUGCCCAAUAUAUCUAAAAGCUCCCACCAAAACUAGAUAUAUGAAUGGCACUAAAGAUGUAAAUUAAAAAUAUGUAUGUUUGAUUUUGAGAGGAGUUUGAGGUCAUAAAGUCAUGUCAUCAUUAUUAUCUAUAUUAGAAGACCAUGAGCUCAAAAUCCACAAAAUGAAAUUCAGACUGUUUAAACAUUUGCUAUAUUUGAUGAACUUUUAACAGGCAUACAUUGUUCGGAGCACAUUCCUCCAGGCAAUAUGUGAGUGAAGGAGAGUUACGAUGGCAAAAGUGCAGUUUGUCCACAAGUCCAUGAUGCUGCAGUGAGCCUCAGCUGUGUCCACACAUGCUAUGGUAACAUUGUGGUGUAGCUCCCCUGGGCUACCAUCCGUACGCUCGGGUCCACACAGCUUUCUUCUUGAACUCAGUGGAGGACUUCAGGGCCAACAGGGCAGCUGAAACGAAGACACGCGAGGACGAUCAGAUAAUCCACCAAACGUGUGUAAACGUGUGUUCUCAGUGUAAGAGGAAAGACGGGAUGUGUGUUUCCAGAAAAAAAAAAAAAAAAUCUACUAUUUUACCUUAUGUAUUUUUAAAGAAUUUACAUCACUUUGUAGAAAUCUGUUUUUACUCCAAGGAGUUCAUUUUUUUUUGUAUACUGACUGUGACUCCAUUUAUGAAUGUAAAUAAAGGGGAAAACAUCACAGGGGAUACUUUUUAUAAGCACUGUGUUAUGAGAAC